GAGAUCAUCUACACAGACCUAAUUAUGGAGAUAAAUAGGACAUAUGAAAUGCUGUCUAGAUCUGAGAAAGUCCACCCAGAUGAGCCAGAUAUCUUCCAACUGGGCCAAAUUGGACUAAGCAAUCUCCUAUCCAACCUCAGGCGCUGCUCACUCAAGUCCUGGAUUAAGGAGAAUAUCAAGAAGAAGGAGUGCUGCUUCUACGUGCAGACUGAGAGAGAGGGCUUUUGUAAAUGUGGCUACCCCAAAGACUACCAUGUGGAGGAGGCCAUCAUGCCAGAGAGGUUUCUGGGACAGUCCUGGGAGGGAGAGAAGCACAUGCGCGAGGUUCCCACCGACGCCUUUGGGGACAUCGACUUUGGAGGCCUCGGCCAAAACAUGGGAAAGUAUGUGCGUGUCUCCUCAGACACCCCCUCUGAUGUUUUGUACCACCUGAUUACGGAAUACUGGAAGCUCCGCCCCCCGAACCUGCUCAUCUCUGUCACAGGUGGGGCCAAGAACUUCUACAUGAGGACACACCUGAAGCAGAAGUUCCGCAGGGGACUCAUCAAAGUCGCCCAGAGCACAGGUGCCUGGAUCAUCACUGGGGGCACCCACACUGGGGUGAUGAAGCAUGUGGGGAUGGCCGUGCGUGACUACACCCUCAGUAGCAGCUCUGCCCGGGGCGAGAUCGUGGCCAUCGGGGUGGCCCCCUGGGGAACCGUACACAAACGCCAGUCCCUCGUACACCCUGAGGGCUGUUUCCCUGCCAACUACACACUGGAUGAGCAGAGCCAGGGCCGGCUCUCCUGCCUGGACAGCAACCACUCGCACUUCCUGCUGGUGGACGACGGCACGCACGGCCAGUAUGGCGUGGAGAUCGGCCUGCGCAGUUGCCUGGAGAAGCUCAUCGGAGAGAAGCCCCUGGGAAACCGAGAGAGUCAUGUGAAGAUCCCUGUAGUGUGUGUGGUGUUGGACGGAGGGCAGGGCACUUUGAAUACCAUCUACAGUGCCAUGCUGAACGGCACCCCGUGUGUGGUUCUGGAGGGAUCUGGCCGGAUGGCAGACGUGAUCGCUAACGUGGCCGGGAAGCCCGUAUCACAGGUCACCCUGGCUCUGAUCCAGAGGCACAUGAAGAGGUUCUUUGGACAGGAGUACGAAAGCUUUUCUGAGAUCAAGGUCAUCGAGUGGGCCAAAAAGAUCCAGGACAUCAUCAGGAUGCCACAUCUCCUGACUGUGUUCCGUAUGGACGAGGACAAGAACAGCGAUGUAGAUGUGGCCAUCCUCCAGGCCUUCCUGAAAGCGUCCAGGAGUGAGGAGAACGCAGGGCAGAGGGGCUGGGAGAGGCAGCUGGAGCUGGCCGUGGCCUGGAACCGUGUGGACAUUGCUGAGAGCGAAAUCUUCACAGAGGAGAGCCAGUGGCAGUCGGGCGACCUGCACAAGGCCAUGUUCUCGGCCCUGGUGGGCCACAAGUCGGAGUUUGUGCGGCUGCUGCUGGAGAACGGCGUCAGCAUCCCCCAGUUCCUGUCUGAAGAGGAGACACUGUGCGAGCUCUACACCACCAUGCCCAGCUGCCUCUUCCUGCGCAAGCUGGUCAAGCGGCUGCAGGGUGACAAGCGCCGGCGCUCGCUGGCCAGCCCGUGCCAGCGGAGACAGGUGUCGUUAGCCACUGUGGCCGAAGUGGUGCGCCAGCUAUUGGGCAGCUUUACCCAGCCCAUUUACUCGUUGCCGCCCUCGCAUGAGCUCAUCAAGAUGGCCGACGAGAACCUUGACAACACUGUGAUUAGAGACCCUGGGAGAGACUUCUUCCUGUGGGCCGUUCUGCAGAAUAACAGAGAGCUGGCCCAGAUUGCCUGGGAACAGUGUAGAGACAGCACGGCUGCUGCUUUGGCAGCCAGCAAAAUUCUGAAAAAGCUGGCACAGGAGUCUGAGAAUGAUGACGAAGAAGAUGCCAACGACAUGAGAGAACUUGCCAACCACUAUGAGAAACAGGCCAUUGGUGUGUUUAGUGAGUGCCAUAGCUGGGAUGACCAGCGAGCCCAGAGACUUCUGAUCCGAAUCUCACCAUCUUGGGGCAAAACCACAUGUCUGCGCUUGGCACUGGAGGCAAACGACAAGAGCUUUGUGGCACACUCAGGGGUUCAGGCUCUCCUCACCCAGAUCUGGUAUGGAGAGCUGGCUGUAGACACCCCUCCGUGGAAGAUACUCCUCUGCAUGCUGUUCUCCCCACUCAUCUACACAGGCUUCAUAACCUAUAGACGUGACGAGGACAUUGAGAGGGAGGCCCUGAGGAAAGAGGAGAUGGUGGCCAUGGAGUCUGUGACGGGAAGCUCGGGCGAUGCCAGGAUGAAGACUAUAUUCAGCGAUCCUCAGGACAGUGACGAGCUGAAGCCGCUGAGCUGCCGAGCCAGACUGGGGAGCUUCUACGCAGCCCCACAGGUGAAGUUCUUCUGGAACAUCGCCUCCUACUUUGGGUUCCUGUUUCUCUUCUCCAUCGUGCUGAUGAUCGACUUCCAGUCCAUGCCGUCAUGGAGGGAGUAUCUGCUCUACAUCUGGUUGACCUCUUUAGUGUUUGAAGAGGUCAGACAGCUUUUUGAUGAUCCGGAUGGAUUUGGGUUCCGAAGGAAAGCCAGGAUGUAUAUUAAUGACUUGUGGAACAUUUUAGAUGUGGCUUCCAUCCUGCUCUUCAUCAUUGGUCUUGCCUGCAGGUUCGAUUAUUCAGUAAUAAUACCUUUAAAAGUCACUAGGUAUCAUCUCUGUCACUACCCAGAAUUCUUUGCUCUCCCCUGCAGGUGGACCAGCAGUACGUUUUAUGCGGGAAAGGUCAUCCUCUGUAUCGACUUCAUCAUCUUCUGUCUGCGACUGAUGGCCAUCUUCACCAUCAGCCGAACCCUGGGCCCAAAAAUCAUCAUUGUCAAAAGGAUGAUGAUGGACCUGUUCUUCUUCAUGUUCCUGCUCAGUAUCUGGGUGGUGGCCUACGGGGUGGCUAAACAGGGCAUUCUGAUCCACAACGAGGAGAGACUGGACUGGAUCAUCAGAGGAGCUGUGUAUGAGCCCUACCUCAUCAUAUUCGGCAAUGUCCCAACCAACAUCGACAAUGCUGAGUUUGACAUAUCCACCUGCACUGUGAAUGGCACUGACCCUAUGCGACCAAAAUGCCCUAUGCUCAAUGCCAACCAAAUGCCAGCCUUUCCUGAGUGGCUGACUAUCAUCAUGCUGUGUGUUUACCUUCUAUUUGCCAACAUCCUGCUCCUCAACCUCCUCAUUGCCAUCUUCAACUACACAUUUCAGGAGGUGCAGGACAACACUGACACAAUCUGGAAGUUCCAGAGGUACGAGCUGAUUAAGGAAUACCACAGUCGCCCGGCUGCGCCCCCUCCCUUCAUCCUCCUCAGCCACAUCUACCUUCUGCUCAGGCGCUUCAUUAUGCGCCAACGCCCCCAGAAGCACAAGCAGUUCAGGCAGCGGUUGUCUAAAACUGAGGAGGAGGAGUUGAUGUCAUGGGAGACUUUCAUGAGAGAGAAUUACGUGUCCACCCAGCGUCAGGAGAAGAGUGAGAGCAUGGAGCGUCGCAUCCAGGACACGGCUGACCGGGUUGGCUCAAUGUCAGAGGUGCUGGAGAGAGAGCAUGACCGGGGCACCACGGCAAAGCGGCUGGUUCAGCUGGAGGAACAGGUCUCCCAGUCUGCUAAAGCACUACAAUGGAUCAUGGACACCCUAAAAGCCCAAGGUUACCAAUCUAAAGAAGAGCCGCCUUCCAUGUCUAGGAGCACAGAGAGUGAAGGGCAUGAGCAUGAGAUUGAUGGAGAGACAGAGAAGAGACAGUACCACUUCCACGCCCGCAGUUUCCUCUACACUGGUACCAACAAGAAGCGCUUCCCUGUACCUGAGGAAAAAGUGCCUUGGGAGGUUGACUUCACCCCAUACAUAGCUGAAGUCUACAGUGCAGAGCCAAUCAAUGAAGCAGAACAGUUGACCUUAGACAAUUACAAGAACCCAGGUGGGCGCACAGGGAUAAGGGGGAGAGGAGCCCUGCAGAGUCUGGGCCCAAAUCCCAUCCUUGACCCAGUUCUAACUCACUGGCAAGACAAAGACCAUUCAGUUCUUCAGUUCCUAGCUGUCUGGAAUGAGGUUGAAGGAUGCUGGUCUAUGCCAGGGGGUGCUUUAAAACCAGGGGAGCCCCUCCCAAGCAGGCUGAAAAACCUCCUCGGGGAUAAGCUCUAUCAGAGAAUCAAAGCCAAGCUAGGAGAUGGCAGCCGGCAUAACACAGUAUAUGAGGGAUAUGCUGAUGACCCUAGGAACACAGACAAUGCUUGGAUUGAAACCACUGUUCUCAACAUUCACUUGGACAGUACUGGGUCCCUCAUGAAUGAACUGAACCGCAUGGUAGCCACCAGUCAAAUGUUAUCCGAACGGAUUCAGUGGAGGGAAGUCAGUAGCAAGACACCAGUAUACACUUACCAAAGAGAAGCUCUCCGAUUAGUUGCCAAGCUCCACCAGACUCAGUUCUGAUUUGCACAAGCCCAAAAUAUGGAACAUUUUAAGACAAUCACAAGCACUAUUGACUUUGCUUAUGGAGAGCACUGCUGAAACAUUUGUACUGCAGUAACAAAGCCAAUGCUGUGUCCUCCACACAAAAAGAACAUUAUAUUUUGUACAUUUACACAGUAUCAUGUAGAAAUGCUGAAUGUAUAUUGUGGAUCAUGUGAAUAUGCAUACAUGUUUUUAGAAACUCUGAUGUACAGAGAGCAGGAUAAAGCAAAUAUUAAAUGAGACACAUAAUAUAUGCUUCAGGCCACUUUGCUUACACAGAUGAAGGCUGUUCGUACAAAACAUCCAGGCUUAAAGAUACCUUACUUUCUUAGGCCAUCCCUUGGCGUAACAAUCAGCAUAAACCUGCCUACACAGUGUGCACAACCUACUUUUUGGACACAUAUCGACCUUAGAUAGCACAAAGGCAAUAGUCUUUCUCUGUUGGUCGAUGUCAUAGGCCUAAAUUCCAGCAUACUCCUGUAGCCUAUAUCCAAUUAAAGGUACAUAUAAAAAAGGGUCUAAACUGUUUGUCUACAUUUUCUCUUUUAAAUAGUGGCCUAAAUCCGUGUGACAAGAUUACAGAUUUAGAAUGGAUGAGUCUAGCCUAUGAUAUCUAGGA